AUGGGUCGCUUCUCGUUGUUCGCUUCUCUGCUGUUGGCGACCAAUGGUGUCUUGGGCGCCAAAUGGAUUGGUGAAGUCAAGAAGGUCGAUGGUGUUGACUACCAAUGCAAAUGCUACUCCGACAACGCUUGCUGGCCGACCAAUGCAGACUGGGCGAAACUCAACCAGACCGUCUCAGGCGCACUUCAGCUCGCCAUCCCACCCGGUGCUGUCUGCUAUAAGAACUUUGAGAACGGCACCAGCGUGUACGAUGCGGCAAAGUGUGCGGAUACUCAGGCCAACUGGGGCAACGAGCAAUGGCUCACCGACCAUCCGAUUGCCGAGCUCUGGCCUUUCAAGACGAACAACACCUGCAUGCCAACUGAUGAUCCAUCGGGAACCUGCACACGUGGUUUCUACGGAAAAUACGUCAUCAUGGCAACUACAAAGCAGCAGAUCCGAGCUGGUGUGAAGUUCGCACGGGAGCGCAACCUCCGUCUGAUCAUCCGAAACACUGGUCACGACUUCAUGGGUCGUUCCACCGGUUACGGCGCACUCAUCAUCAACACCCACAGCUUCAAGGACGUCAAGUUCCUCAAGAAGUACACUGGGCCUGGUGACUGGACGGGUAGUGCGGCCAUUAUCGGUGCUGGUGUACAAGGCCGUGAAUUGUACAGGGAAUGCUUUGCUCAGAGCCCCAAGGUGGUCAUCGUUGGUGGAGAGUGCCCAACGGUUGGCUGGGCCGGAGGUUACAUUCAAGGAGGCGGCCACGGCCCUCUUUCCGGAAUCUACGGCAUGGGCGCUGACAAUGUCCUCUCGUUCGACGCCGUCACCGCCGAGGGUAAAUUCGUGACCGCCAACGCAAAGGAGAACUCGGACCUCUUCUGGGCUCUCAAGGGUGGCGGCCCCAGCUCCUUUGCUGUUGUCAUCUCCAUCACUGUCAAGACCUUCCCGGAAGUCCCUGUUGCUGGCACGAUCCUCAACAUCAACUCUACGCACACCAACGACACUGAGCUGUUCGCCAAGGGUGUUCACAUCUUCCACAACCUGGCCAACCACUACAGCGAGCAUGGCAUGUUCGUGUACUUUGAGCUCGGCCCUGGUCCUCAGCGUCUCCACAUUGCACCUUUCGUUGGUCCCAACAUGAACGAAGAGCAGCUUGGAAAGGUCCUCGCCCCACUAUACGAGCAGCUAGACGCGGCCAAAGUGCCUUACGACACCCACACUCGCGCCUUCCCUACCUUCUUCGAGUUCUACGUUGACAUGUUCGAAGACGAGCCCCCGAACCAACAAUCCGUCGUCGGCGGCCGCCUCUUUACACAAUCCGACAUUAGCGCCCACGGCGACGCAAUCGCCGACGCUCUCAUCUACGCCGCCAUGCCCGAGCCCACCCAACUCGGUUUCAACGUCGGUCACAUUGUCAACCCCGGCCGCGCUUAUCCCAAGGUCGACAAUGCUAUUCAUCCCACGUGGCGCAACGCCAGUAGCUUCGUCAUCACCAACGUUAUGAUGACGGGCAACGAGCCCUGGGACGUUAGAAAGGAACGCGAGAACUUCAACACCAAUGUUCUGGGUAAGCGACUCCGGGAUGUGAGUCCCGCUGGUGCGAGUUAUGUGAACGAGGGCGAUCUCAAUGAACCGAACUGGCAGGAAGCGUACUGGGGAGGCAAUUACCCCAGGUUGUUGAAGAUACGCCAGAAGUAUGAUCCCGAGGGUGUCUUCUUUACUGAGACGACGCCUGGUACGGAGAACUGGAGUGUUAUGGACUAUGGUACCAAGCUUUGUAAGAAGAGUACCAAGUAG